AUGGAUAUAUCCCGUCAAGCUUGUCGCCUGUGUUUAUCUAUUACAGAUUUUAAUAUUUCACUGUUCAGUAGUUAUUGUGAAAAGUGUAACAUGUUAGACAAAAUAUUGGUAUGUUUAAAGCUAAUUAUCGAGAAAACGGAUUAUUUGACAACCAUAUGCUACAAAUGCGCGGACAAUGUUGAGAGAUACUACGAUUUUAUAACAUUUGUGAAAAAAUCGCAAACUAAGUUGAAGGGUGCAGAAAUGUGUAAUCAGAGCUUGAACAAUGAACCGAAUCUGAACAUCACGCGGCGUCACGUCACGUCUUACGUACGAGAGGUCAUUGACGCCGACUACACGUUCUCCUUCCUCGAUAUAUCUAAGAUUGACGAUAAAAAAGAGUCAAACACAUCAAGUCCCUUCUUUUCAUACUUUUCACCUCCGAAUAUGCCAGGUAUGCCAUCCGUCGAACCGUGUCUGUGGAAGACGCGAGCGCGUACCAACGACAUUAAAAAUGAAACAAAACGAGAAACGCUUAAAAAUGAACUAAAAAGGUGUAAGUUGGAAAGACCGAGACAUCAUUCGAUUGAUUUAUUUGAAUCUCAAUCACAAGACGUCGAAGAAACAGAGCUACGGAGUCUCGAUUGGAAACUGACGCCUGAUGAGAGCCUUUUCAAACGGGUAAGAGAAAAAUGCUUCGGUCGAUCAGAUUUU